AUGUCGCCACUGGGCACGCCGCCUCCUCCAGGCCACCACUCCUGCCGCCCAGGGUUGGAGAUCGUCGUUAUCCCCCGGUCUGUGGAGCUCCAGGCAGCCGAUGACGCUCUCUCGUCUCUGGCGCUUGUGGCCCUGGUUGGUGGCAGCCGCCCCACGGUCACGAUCGCGGAUGUGCGCCACCAGCUCACUUUGUUCUACAGAAUCCCGGACGACGCGUUCUCCAUCAGUUGCUAUGCGCCGGAGGACUUCCUCGUCAAGUUCAACUCUCGCCACGAUCUGGAGGACGUUCUGCGCGGUCCGGUUCCGAUCGGGACACCCUUCUUCCUGGUCUGGAAGCGCUGGUGGCGCCAGUCCAGGGCGUCCGCCGGAGCUCUCAAGUACAAGGUGCUCGUCGGCUUGUCCGGGCUGCCUGCCCAUGUACAGCGCAUACUGGGGUCAUCCUGUGCGAAGCUCGAGGAGGCUCCGGUGACCACCACCGGAGAGGACCGGCGGGAGUACGUCGUUGCUGGGUGGUGCGUCCACCCGACUUCAUCCCCAUGGAGAAGGUGA